UGUAAAUAAACGAUUGACAGAGACGCUGCUGAUAGUGAAAUUGCUACCAACAUAUUUUAUCAAUCCGGAUUCACGUUACUCGACUGUGUAUCAAGGCUUGUGUGGCUACGUUGAUGUCAUUCCCACCCGCCAGUUUGCUGCCAGCCACUAGAGUCGGACUGUGUCGAACAGCACAGGUAGCUUGUGGCCAAUGUCACAGGCUCCACCUGUCGAGAGAAGGGGACUAUCAAAAGAAAGCUCAGAGAAAGCUACCAAGUUGGCCCUCAACAACAGACUUCUCUUGUUUCCUUGUGGCUGUUGGACUGAGUAGGGGACUCACCAGCUGUAAAGAAUUGUCAUGUUGGAUUUAAAUAAAGAAGUGGUGGAUUUGGUUUGGGGGAGACCCUCUAGUGGAAGAGUGUCUGCCUCCAUCUUCCGUAGAUGGACCCAAGGAUUUGUUUUUUGUGAGAAUGAGCAAACUGCACUGGAGCAAUUUGAAGGAGGGCCCUGUGCUGUCCUGGCACCUGUCCAGGCUUUCCUCCUAAAGAACAUGCUCUUCAACAGAGAGAGUUCCAACUGGAGACAGAUGACGGAAGAGGAUCAGAAAACAGCACUGUGUUCCACGCUGAGUGAAAUCCUGGAGUCUGCCUGCUCCAGCCCCUCCACAGGGUUCUGCCUGGUGACUUGGGCCAAGGGACAAAGCCCACAUACUAGCACACAGUCACAAACACAGGACAUGCCAGAGAGCAGCCAGCCGCCACAAGAACAGCAGCCCACUGCUUUGGCUGCUGAGGACCUUGGCUUUGAGCAAUUUCACAGUGCUGUCCAUAAGUGGACUGUGACGUCAGUGUCUGGUCUCAGAGAGGAGGUGUUGUCUCUCUGCCACACCUGGAGGGGGUGCUGUGGAGUCCUGCUAUUCCUCUACUCUGUCAUCCUCACCAAGGGCAUGGAGAAUAUCAGAAAUGAGAUCCAGGACACGAUGGAGCCUCUCAUAGACCCUGUGCAUGGCCAUGGCAGUCAGAGCCUGGUGAACCUCCUUAUCACUGGCCAUGCUGUCUCUAAUGUCUGGGAUGGAGACAGGGAGUGCUCUGGCAUGAAACUUCAUGGUCUUCAUAAACAGGCAUCAGUUGGCUUCCUCACGCUUAUGGAAUCUCUCCGCUACUGCAAGGUCGGGGCAUUCCUCAAGUCUCCAAAGUUCCCUAUUUGGAUCCUUGGCAGUGAAACUCACCUCUCUGUGUUUUUUGCCAAGGAGAUGUCCCUGGUGGGUCCAGAGUCUCCAUCAGAACAGGCAAGGAGGGUCUUCCAGUCGUUUGAUCCUGAAGAUAAUGGCUUUAUCCCCGAAUCUCUGCUGGAGGACGUGAUGAAAGCCCUUGACCUUGUCUCUGAGCCUGAAUAUGUCAGUCUGGUGAAGAGUAAACUGGAUCCAGAGAGUUUGGGCAUUAUUCUACUGGGCCCGUUCCUGCUGGAGUUCUUCCCCGAUCAGGAUUCAGGAAUCCCAGACUCAUUCCCCGUCUACCACUACAAUGGACUCAAACAGUCCAACCACAACGAGAGGGUGGAAUAUGUGGAGGGGACGGCUCUGGUGCUGGGUUUUGAGGACCCCAUGGUUCGGACCGACGACACUCCAGUGAAGCGCUGCCUACAGACCAGGUGGCCCUACAUCGAGCUUCUGUGGACCACCGACCGCUCCCCGUCACUGAACUAGCACCGACACAGUCUGUGUGUGUCCGUGGAUGGACCACUACUGCUCCACACAGUCCUCUCCGACUUCCUCUCUGCGCACUGACCCUGAAAGGUCAGCAGGUUUCGACUGACACACAUAUACAUAUACAGAUGAAUGAGAUGGAGGAAAAACACAAAUGCCCACAAUAGACUGAGACGAACACAUUCAUGGACUUAACAUACUUGCCUGAGAUCCUUUUUUCGAUCCUCACUCACAUAUUCCACAAACAAACACACCUUUACAGUUCAUGCUAUGGUCUUCAGCAUGGCUUAUAUUUGACACACAUACUGUUGAUGAUGUAAUUAUUUAAAAGAAGAAAAAAAAAAAAAAAAAAAAGUGACUGUUUAUUUUACUGCUCUGUCCCGACACCUCUGCUACAGUUAAGCAGUAGACGAACUGGAGAGCGAACUGGUUUGGUUCAACGACUUAAGUGUGUCACCACAACCCACGCUGAGCCACUUGUACAGCCAGUCGACUGUAAAGCACUACUGUUAAUCCAGCUAUAGGACUGUUUGAGGGGAAAAAUCUACCAAAGCCUUCCACGUUUGAGAACACAUUCACACCGUCACACUCACAGAUAAGCGUUUACAGCGUAAAAGGGACCAACCCAGACGCAUAGAACAAAAGGUUUCUUUAUUGUUUUCACUGAGAUGAAGCUGGUUUAGGUGCUCUCUCUGUGUGUGUGCGUGCUUUGUGCACCACACAAGGAUGUUGGCCAAGUGUUCAUGUAUUUAUUAUCACACUCAAAGGUUCUGGAAUAAACUUUUUUUUGUUCAAA